UUCUACUGGUUAUGAUCACUCGUAUAAACCAAGGAAAUCACUCUUGGGUGUUAUUUUAGGUGUUAGCAUAAGCAUGGGUGUAGUUUUUCUGGUGGCGAUAAGCUAUGCGAUGUACAAAUUGAUAAGAAAAACAAAAGACAAGAGACAAAGAAAGAAGUUUUUUAAGCGCAAUGGUGGUAUACUAUUAAAACAACAAGCAGAAGCUGACCCAUCUUUGGUUGAUAAAACCAUACUUUUCACAUCACGUGAGUUGUCCAAGGCAACUGAUGACUUCCACGAAAACAGAGUUCUUGGUCGAGGAGGCCAAGGUACGGUGUUCAAGGGGAUGUUAGUGGAUGGAAGGAUUGUGGCAAUUAAGAAAUCAAAGGUGGUUGAUGAAAGCCAAUUAGAGCAGUUCAUCAAUGAAGUCGUCAUUCUUUCUCAAGUCAACCACAGGAACGUUGUCAAACUUUUGGGAUGCUGCCUAGAAACAGAUGUUCCACUAUUAGUUUCAGAAUUUAUUUCAAAUGGUACCUUGUAUGAUGCUCUUCACAAUGAUAUUGACGAGUUCCCACUUUCUUUAAAUAUGAGAUUACAAAUAGCUACCGAGGUUUCAGGAGCAUUUGCUUACUUACAUUCAGCAACUUCCAUUCCUAUAUAUCAUAGGGACAUCAAAACCACCAAUAUACUUUUGGAUGAUAAAUAUAGGGCCAAGGUGUCCGACUUUGGAACUUCAAGGUUGGUAUCAACGGAUCAAACUCACUUCACUACCAUGGUAAAAGGUACGUUUGGCUACCUAGAUCCAGAAUAUUUCCAAUCUAGCCAAUUUACUGAGAAGAGUGAUGUUUAUAGUUUUGGAGUAGUUUUGGUUGAACUGAUAACGGGGGAAAAGCCAAUUUCACUAACUAGAUUCGGAGAACACAGAAGUCUAGCUACACACUUUACGAUUGCUAUGGAAGAAGGGCGUGUUAUGUCCAUUUUAGAUGCAAAGAUGAUUAAAGAGGCUUUCGGGGAUGAGCUUCUUUUAAUAGCUAACCUUGCAAUGCGAUGCUUGAAUCUGAAUGGAAAGAAUAGGCCAACAAUGAAAGAAGUAGCCGUAGAGUUGGAAACUAUACGAACAUCACACAUUCCAUCGGCGGUUCAAACCAAUGUCAUACCCAUGAUAUAUGGGGAAGAUUUAUCUCAGCCGCCAUAUGGUGAAUCAAUAUCAACAUUCACAAGUUUCAAUGAUAGCGUUAACAAAUGAUGCAAAAGAUUUUAAUUAGUUUUUAUGGCAUCGCCAUUUAGGUAGUAUGUACUUCAAUUGGACAUAAUGUAAUCAUAAAUCCAUCAAAAAUACCAAAUUUGAAUGGACAGGCAAUGUAUUC